AUGGGCAAUGUCGCCAGUCGUCUCGAUGACGCUGGAAGUCUAUUUUUCAAGGACCAGAAUCGCCUGUCCAUCGCCGCCGUCACCAUAAGCAACUCCCGCCGCCGCUUACUGACGCUAUCACCGAAUGCUUUCCCGGCCGCCAGGUUUAUUGCAAAGAGGGAAGCUGGCGACGAUACUCCGAUCGAAUAUAUUCAGGACCCCGAUGUCUCUCCCACAGCGCCAGUCCCAACCUUUUUACUGCGCCUAUCAAAUGAGGACGAGCUCAUCUUCAACUUCACCUUCAUCCUCCGCCAAACCCAAACCGGGAAUGUCGCUGGUUCUACCGUUAAUGGCGUCUCAACAUCAUUACCCGAGGUGGUGGACACCGUUCUCACGGGGCUCACUUUCGCCCACGCGUCCAACUCGAAAGAACUAGAUAAUCUGAUCACAAGAGAGUUCCAUGCGAACCCCAACCUGCAGAAUAACUCCAACGUUCAGCUCAUCGGAAACUACUCCACCGAAGGCACGCCCUCCGUCUCUUUCGAUUGGUCCUGGAGAUGGAAGCCCCCAAAGGCUACGGAGGAUAAAGGUGGUGGCUGGCGGAACAGCUGCAGUUUCUUAGAUUACGAUCAGAAAACGAAUCGCCUGAAUACGCUUGCACAUUUCUCCUUCUGGGUACAUAAUUCCGUUCGCCCACUGCCUAGCCCGCUUCUAUCCUCGCCGAACCUGGAGUUGCCCGUGCUACCCUCCCGCAGCCGCGUCCCCUCUACCCAAUCCGCCAUUUCGCAUUUUAGCGACAGCGAUGCUGUUUCAACCUCGAAUGUUCCAGUUACCACUCCUCCCGAAUCCGCAGACGGUCCUCCUGCUCUACCACCACCACCCGUUCCAGCUCUACCCCCGCCCCCACCUCCCGUGAAAGUCGACCUGUUGCAUUCUCGCCCCGGAGAUGAUGUGAGUGUCGUCGAGGAUGGUCCGCUGUUCCGUGCGACUAUGAAAGCGUUGGAGCAGAAGACCGGGAGUAUGCGCACAAAAAUAAAGAAAGUCUUGAAGAAGGCUGAGGCUGCACAACAAGCGCAAGUGGCCUGUAAUGAGUCUAUGGAAGCGUUUUUGGGCUCUUUGAACGAUGCAUCAACGUCAAAUGCCAAUGCAAUCCAGCCUGCGUUGGAUCACUAUUUUGAGAAGAUCGCCCGGCAGAUUCAAAACUACGAGCAGACCAAUACGGUCCAGUUGCAGAAGCUGGUCAUUGAUCCUCUUAUCAAGCUCUACAACAACGAUAUCAAACAAGCCGAGUCCAAGAAGAAGGACUUUGAUGAAGAGAGUCGCGAUUACUACGCCUAUGUCAGCCGGUACCUCGGUCAGCGGCAGGACUCCCUCAAGGAGAAGAAACGCGCCGAAAGUGACUCGAAGUAUCAGGCUAAGCGUCGAAAUUUCGAGUUGAAGCGCUUCGAUUAUUCUUCUUUCAUGCAAGAUCUGCACGGUGGUCGCAAGGAACAAGAGGUUCUGUCACAUCUGACUAAGUAUGCAGACUUCCAAGCACAAGCUUUCUUGGCAGCCGCCAAGAAAGUUGAAGAAAUGGCGCCUCAAUUAAAUGCACUAGUGCACGAGGUCAACCAAGCGGACAAGGAGUUCCAGUUCCAGAGAUCCGAACGCGAGGAAAAGCGUAGGGCUUUGGAGAAGAACAGCAACCCGUAUAUGGAGCCUGAUGUCGUUGCUGGCGCGCCAUCAACUAUUGCUUCAACAUCCACUGCUGCUGUCGCUUCUUCCGUCGCCGCCAACAACGGGGGCGCAUCCGGUGAAGUGGAGUUGGGUCGAGCGGAUAGCACUGGCUCACAGCUCCGUGGAGUCAUUAGCAACAGUUCUUCCGUUUCAUCUCAAGCCAAUGCCGGGUCGGUUGGUUCUUCUGCUGGGACCUCGGCACCAACUGCGAAUAACAAUGCUGGUGGUGUGCAGAACCAGAAUCGCUUCAAGGGUAUCCGAGAUCUUGAAGAGCGAGACAAUCUUGGAUCUGAUCGUGCCUCUGGUCAGCAACGGAAGGAAGGUCUGCUGUGGGCACUCUCUCGUCCUGGUUCGCAUAUGGAUCCAAAGGGUAUCAAUAAGCAGGCAUGGCACAAGUUCUGGAUCGUUUUAGAUCAAGGGAAGCUUUCUGAGUACAGUAAUUGGAAGCAAAAACUAGACCUUCACAUGGAGCCUAUUGAUUUGCGGAUGGCUUCUGUCCGCGAAGCCAGGAAUGCGGAACGGCGUUUCUGCUUUGAAGUUAUCACGCCGCAGUACAAACGCAUAUAUCAAGCCACCUCGGAGGAAGAUAUGGCGAACUGGAUCCGGUCUAUCAACAAUGCACUUCAAAGUGCAGUGGAAGGCCGGGGGAUGCCGCCACCCCCGCUUUCGUCCAAGAAUGAGUCUUCCAGCGGUCGUGACAUCGGCUCAGUGUUGACGGGCAAGAGCUCCUCUGUGUCUGGUCAUCAUUCUUAUUCCAAUAGUUCCAGUACCAGUGCCAGCGCCGGUGGUGUCAGUCGCCGCACAACGGUUGGAGCUCGACCCAGCUACGUUAGGAACGAUAGCAACAGUUACGAGGAGAACCCCUCUCGCUUGCUGCAGGUUGUUCGUGAGGCUGACGAAGGGAAUAACUGGUGUGCCGACUGUGGCUCCUCGUCCAAGGUUGAAUGGGUGUCCAUCAACCUCGGUAUUAUACUGUGCAUCGAGUGCAGCGGUAUCCACCGAUCUCUAGGAACUCACAUUUCCAAGAUCCGUUCCCUCACUCUCGAUGUCCACUCAUUUUCAAACGACAUUGUGGAGAUUCUCUUGCAGAUUGGCAACCGCGUUAGCAACAUGAUUUGGGAGGCCACGCUGGACCAGUCGCAAAAGCCAAUUUCCAGCUCCACCCGCGAGCAACGGCUCAAGUUCAUCACGGCUAAAUACGUCGAUCGAGCCCAUGUUGAGUGUCUGCCGUCCCCACGAUCUCGCUUUGCAACCCCCAAUGAGACACUACUGGCAUCCAUCAAGAAGAAUGAUAUACAAGGAGUCCUCUAUGGCAUCGCCUUGCGCGCCAACGUGAACGUGGCAGACCGUUCCCGCAACACGCACGCUGUGUUCCUGGCUCUUGCGGCUGCCGACCCAGCCUCCCCGGGCUCCACCCCGACCACUCUGUCUGCUCGCUCCAGUGCAAAGGCCAUUCCUUUCCCCGUCGCCGAGCUGCUGGUCCAGAACGGCGCGGAGAUUCCCCCAGCACCUCCUUCCAUUCCCCUCUCCCCGGCCGCGCAACUGUACAUCAGUCAGCGCACGGCCCGCACAUCUGCCUUUAGUGCGGGUAAGCCUGCAGUCAACGACACUUUAGGCUCACUACCCACCAUCCGUGCCUCGAGUAAGGAUGGUGCUACCUCGUCUGCAUCACAGAGCUCUACUAGCUCCUUGGACACCAAGGAAAAAGAGAAGCUAUCCAAGCGCGGGAGUGCCGGAGCACGGUUCGCAGGGAAGGUAGCGUCUCUUGGAAUUGAUCGAUAA